AGGGCGCUUCGCAGCUAGGAUGAAGCUCCGGUUCGUUGGUCGGUAGUACUAUGAUUUGGUAUGUGGCUGCUUUGAUAGCAAGUGUGAUCAGCACCAGAGGACUGGCAGCAGCUCAAGGUGCCCACGGCUUGAGGGAGGAACCCGAGUUUGUGACAGCUCGUGCUGGGGAGAGUGUGAUCUUGGGAUGCGACGUAAUCCACCCGCUGACGGGCCAGCCCCCUCCUUAUGUGGUAGAGUGGUUCAAGUUCGGAGUGCCUAUUCCCAUCUUCAUCAAGUUUGGGUUCUACCCUCCCCAUGUGGACCCAGAAUAUGCCGGCCGUGCCAACCUUCAUGACAAGGCAUCUCUGCGCAUUGAGCAGGUUCGCUCUGAAGACCAGGGUUGGUAUGAGUGUAAAGUGCUCAUGCUGGAUCAGCAGUACGACACGUUCCACAACGGCAGCUGGGUGCAUCUCACCGUCAAUGCUCCCCCCACCUUCACAGAAACUCCCCCCCAAUACGUAGAGGCGAAAGAAGGCAGCAGCAUUACCCUGACAUGCAUGGCUUUUGGGAACCCUAAACCGACGGUUACCUGGCUAAAAGAGGGGGACCUCUUGGGUAAUAAGAACAAAUAUCAGGUUAGUGAUGGGAGCCUGACUGUUGUAUCCAUCAGUCGGAACGACCGAGGUGCUUACACUUGCCGGGCUUACAGUAUCCAGGGAGAGGCUGUGCACACCACCCGCUUGCUCGUCCAAGGACCCCCUUUCAUCGUUUCCCCUCCAGAGAACAUCACAGUUAACAUCUCCCAGGAUGCAAUGUUCACCUGCCAGGCCGAGGCAUAUCCAGGCAACCUGACCUAUACUUGGUAUUGGGAGGAAGAGAAUGUCUACUUUAAGAAUGACCUGAAGCUUAGGGUCCGGAUCCUGAUUGAUGGGACACUGAUCAUCUUCCGAGUCAAGCCUGAAGAUGCUGGCAAGUACACCUGCAUUCCAAGCAACAGCCUCGGCCGCUCGCCAUCCGCCUCUGCCUAUCUGACAGUGCAAUAUCCUGCCCGGGUGGUGAACAUGCCGCCCAUAAUAUACGUUCCUGUGGGGAUACACGGAUACAUCCGCUGUCCAGUUGAGGCAGAACCGCCAGUUACCCUGGUCAAGUGGAACAAAGAUGGACGCCCCCUGCACAUUGAGAAGUAUUCUGGCUGGACCCUGAUGGAAGAUGGCGCAAUUCGAAUAGAAGAGGCAACGGAAGAUGCUCUUGGCACAUACACCUGCAUGCCUUAUAAUGCCCUGGGUACAAUGGGCCAGUCUUCCCCUGCCCGACUGGUACUGAAGGACCCGCCCUAUUUCACGGUGCUACCAGGCUGGGAGUACAGACAAGAGGCAGGGAGGGAGCUGUUGAUACCCUGUGCUGCUGCAGGAGACCCCUUUCCUGUCAUCGCCUGGAGAAAGGUAGGGAAGCCCAGUAGAAGCAAGCACAACACCCUCCCAAGUGGCAGCCUCCAAUUCCGAUCUCUCAGUAAGGAUGACCAUGGAGAGUGGGAAUGCGUCGCCACCAACAUCGUCACAAGCAUCACUGCUAGCACUCAUCUGACAGUCAUCGGCACAAGCCCCCAUGCGCCGGGCAAUGUGCGCGUCGUCGUUUCCAUGACCUCUGCCAACGUUUCCUGGGAGCCCGGCUAUGAUGGCGGAUAUGAACAGACAUUCUCAGUUUGGAUGAAGCGGGCACAGUUUGGACCUCAUGACUGGCUCUCUCUUCCAGUACCGACUGGCCCCAGCUGGCUGCUCAUGGAUAAUCUAGAACCGGAGACUGCCUAUCAGUUCAGUGUCUUGGCCCAAAACAAGCUGGGCACAAGCUCCUUCAGUGAGGUGGUCACUGUGAAUACUUUAGCAUUCCCUGUCACAACUCCAGAACCCCUGGUGCUGGUUACUCCACCGAGGUGCCUAACAGCCAAUCGGACACAGCAAGGAGUCCUGUUGUCAUGGCUUCCUCCAGCCAAUCAUAGCUUUCCGAUUGACCGUUAUAUCAUGGAGUUUCGGGUAGGAGAAAGAUGGGAGAUUUUAGAUGAUGCCAUCUUGGGGAGUGACAGUGACUUUUUUGCCAAGGAUUUGACUCAGGAUACGUGGUAUGAAUUCCGAGUUCUGGCUGUCAUGCAAGACCUCAUCAGCGAACCCAGCAACAUUGCUGGUGUAUCCAGCACAGACAUAUUUCCACAGCCGGACCUGACAGAUGAAGGUUUGGCCCGACCUGUGCUGGCAGGAAUAGUUGCCACCAUUUGCUUCCUCGCUGCUGCCAUCUUGUUCAGCACUUUAGCUGCCUGCUUUGUUAACAAGCAACGCAAACGGAAACUCAAGCGCAAAAAAGACCCUCCUCUCUCAAUAACCCACUGCAGGAAAAGUCUUGAGUCUCCGUUGUCUUCUGGCAAGGUGAGUCCUGAGAGCAUCCGCACUCUUCGGCCCCCUUCUGAAUCCUCCGAUGACCAAGGUCCACCUGGCAAGCGGAUGUUGAGCCCCAGCAAGGAGAAGGAGCUGUCUCUUUAUAAGAAGACCAAGCGGGCCAUCAGCAGCAAGAAAUACAGUGUUUCCAAGGCCGAGGCGGAAGCUGAAGCGACCACCCCCAUUGAACUUAUCAGCCGUGGGCCAGAUGGCCGCUUUGUUAUGGACCCUUCAGAGAUGGAGCCCUCGCUCAAGACCCGACGGAUCGAGGGCUUCCCCUUUGUGGAGGAGACGGACAUGUACCCAGAGUUCCGCCAGUCAGAUGAAGAAAACGAUGACCCUGUGAUGCCUGCCUCUGUGGCGGCCCUCAAGUCCCAACUGACACCUCUUUCCUCCAGCCAGGAGUCUUACCUUCAGCCACCAGCAUACAGUCCCAGAUUCCACCGGGGCCUGGAAGGGACAGCCACCCUGGAGAGCCGCCUCCAAGCCACUGGUCAGGCCAGGCCUCCGCCCCCCAGGCCAUUCCACCAUGGCCCAUAUUACGGUUACCUCAGCAGCAGCAGCCCCGGGGAGAUGGACCCUCCGCCUUUCUACAUGCCAGAGGUCAGCCCUCUCAGUUCCGUCAUGUCCUCUCCUCCUCUGCACCCUGAAGGGCCCUUCGGCCAUCCCACCAUCCCUGAGGAGAAUGGAGAGAAUGCUUCCAACAGCACACUGCCUCUGACCCAGACUCCAACAGGGGGCCGGUCCCCUGAACCAUGGGGCAGGGCUGAGUUCCCUUUCAGCGGCCUGGAGUCCUCACCCAUUAUGUUUCCUCACCAGCUCCACCACUGCGAAAUGGCUGAGAGCAUGCAGCCAAAGGCCAGUCUUCCUAGGGGACCACCACCUUCCUCUCUCCAGGUCCCUGCAUCCUACCCUGGCAUUCUGGCCCUGGAGGCACCAAAGAGUUGGACUGGCAAGUCACCGAGCAGGAGCCAACCUUCUGUGCCCACCGCCACCAAAUGGCAGGACAAACCUAUGCAACCAAUGGCGAGUCAAGGGCAGCUAAGACAUACCAGUCAAGGCAUGGGCAUACCUGUGUUGCCUUACCAUGGGCCGUCCGAGUCAGUCAGCCACAGCGGCACAAGCACAUUCGGCCUGGACACCAGGUGGUACGACCCCCAACCUAGACCUCGGCCCAGCCCUCGGCAAAUCAGGAGGGCUGAGCCCAGUUUACAUCAGGUGGUGCUACAACCUUCGAGGCUUUCCCCCCUGACCCAGAGUCCCCUCAGCUCCCGCACCAGCUCUCCAGAGCUGACAGCACGAGCCAGGCCACGACCAGGCCUCAUCCAACAGGCGGAGAUGUCCGAGAUCACCCUGCAGCCUCCGGCGGCGGUCAGCUUCUCCCGCAAGUCCACUCCAUCAACUGGAUCUCCUGCCCAGAGUAGCAGGGGAGGGAGCCCCAGCUUCCGACCUGCCAUGGCCUUCACCUCUUUAGCCACUGGCUACCCCCCCUCUCAGUGCCCCUCCCUGCCCGUGGAGCCCAUGGACGUCUUUGGACAAAUUCCCUCACCAAGGAGGUCUGGAGAGGAGAUUCUUAGGCCGGAGCCAACACCGACAACCAGUUCAGGAAAACGUCCAUCUCCAACCCGGAACGCUGCUGCACCUGAGAGGCUCGAAGCUCUGAAAUACCAGCGGAUAAAGAAGCCCAAAAAGUCAUCCAAGGGCUCCUCGAAAUCCAAAAAACAAAUCAAUGGUUCUGCCUCCCAGGUUCAGCAACAUCCUAACUCUCAGGUACUGUGGCCCGAUGAAGCUGUCUGUCUCCGGAAGAAGAAGAGACACCCUCGUCAGGACCCCUUUGCCCGCCUCUCAGCACUGAAGGACGACCUCUGUCACCGGCAGGUUCCUGAAGACCAGACAGCCAUUCUCAACAGUGUGGACCAUGAUGAUUCCAGUGGGCAUGCAACCUUACUUUAGAGUAGCACCAGCCAGAGCAAGGACAAGGGGGGAGCAGGGAGGUGGAAAGGGUGCAAAUAUCUCUUUAUCAGGCAGAAUGUGUGGUGGAACGUCAGGGAGAGAAGAGGCUGAAGCACAGGUGUGUGUGUGAGUAAUAUAUUUGAGGGUGUGGGCUUCAGUGUUGUCUUUGGGUACCAGCAGGGAGGGAAUGUGCCUAACAAGCAAUUAAUAUCACAUACCGAUGUGCAUGACUCUUGUGUGGUACUUGAUAGAAGAAAAUCCAGCAUCAUGUCUUUGACCAUUGCAGGGAGAGGUUUACUUCUCCGUACAGCAACUUCAGUUGCAAUGCAAUCCAUGAAGAUAGGAAAUAUCCUAAAUGAGAGGACAGA